AUGAAAACAUAAGCGGAAGACUUUUUUUCUAAUUUAAUCAAACUCCUGAUUAGAAAGAGUUUUCUUUAGGGAAUUUAUAUAUAUAGAUUAAAUCAAUUGGGGCCAGACAAUUUUGAAAUAACUACUUAGCACAUUAUAAAUAUUUUAAGAAAAAUGUAAGUAUAUUAUAACGACUAGAUUUAUUUAUAAUAUUUGACUUAGAAAAUCAUUGAAAAAUCUUAAACUGAACCUAAAUAUAGAAAAAUAUACACAAAACUAUGCUUGCUUUUAAUGAAGGAACCUGAACUCACUGUAGAAAAAUAAAAAUAUGGCUAUGUUAAAAAUUAAUUUUUAAAUUAAGUUCAAUAAAUAUAUGAUGAUAGAAAGAAUAAGAAAGAAAAUCUUUCUCAUAUAAAACCUGAAGAAAGGGAAUAAUACCAUAUAUCUAGAAAAUAAAAGAUUAUGGGAUGUAAUUAAAUUUAUAAAAUUGCCUAGAUAUCCAUUUUAUUGGAGAAUUAUUUUUAUCCAAAAUAAUUCCAAUUUAGCUGUUGAUUACAUUAUUGGAGAAUUAAUUCUGA